AUGAAAAUAUCACUCCUGCUACAGUUUUCGUUCAUCACCACUCUGGUGGUAUUUCUGAUUAGUUCUAAUAUUUCUGGAGGAUAUGGCCAAUGUUUGGGGGAUCAAAAAGCCUUGUUGCUUAGAUUCAAGAAUAGCCUUACGUUCGAUUCCUCUUUAUCAACCAAACUAGUAAGGUGGGAUCAAAACACUGACUGUUGCCAGUGGCCAGGUGUAAGUUGUGAUCAGGAAGGUCAUGUGCUUGUUCUCGAACUGGACAACGAAACAAUUUCUGGUGGUGUUGAGAAUUCAAGCAGUCUCUUCGAUCUGAAAUAUCUCGAGAAGCUGAAUUUAGCUUAUAAUGAUCUAAACUCUGUUCAAAUACCAACAGAUAUUUAUAAGCUCGCAAACUUGACGUACCUCAAUUUAUCAGAUGCUGGUUUUGUUGGGCAGAUUCCAAUGGAAUUGUCAAGAUUGACAAAGUUAGUGUCCCUUGACCUUUCUUACAACAACUUGAGAAUUGAUAUACAUGGCAGUAAUUCAACCUCAUCUCCCUUUCCCCAGUUGGAAGUACUGAAGUUGGUUUCAUGCGAGUUGCAGAAUUUUCCAGACCUAAAAAACCAGUCUCAUAUGUCUGAAUUAGACCUUUCGGACAAUAAUAUUAAAGGGAAAAUACCAAGCUGGAUUUGGAGUGUUGGAAAUGGAGGUUUACAAUAUCUGAACCUUUCAUGCAAUCUCCUGGAUUCUCUAGAAAAACCUUAUAAUAUAUCUACCACUCUGAGGGUUAUUGACUUGCAUUCCAAUAAUAAACUUAGGGGACAAAUACCAACUUCGAUUACUUGA